GGUGCUGCUGCUACUUCCAGAAAUAGCCUGGAACAUACUGGGAACAAUGUGGGUCCUGGGCGACUACGUAGAGUGUACAAACGAGCACUACACCAUAGCAGUAAUCGAAGCCCUGGUUUUCUUCGACUGGGUGUUGAUAGGACUGGCGCUUCUGGGUCUUGCUCUGAUGUUUGACCCCCUGGGGUCUCUCACCUACUCCGACAAAGUUAUCGAGGACUCAGUAGAGCAUGGCAAGGUGUCUCGGAUCUGGCUCCGAAGGUUCAAGUUCUUUUGGUGGAUGCACAGAGACGAGAGUGCCACCGAGACAUUCCAACAUGUUGCUGGACUCUUGAGUGCGCUGUUCAGAGGAACUGAUUUGGUUCCGUCAGAUGUCGUAGCAGGGUGUAUUUUACUUCGGAUACGCCAGAAACGCGAAACGAUUGAAUUGCGUCGCUUAAAAGUUAUGGAUCGUCCUGAGUAUACAAUUGAUUCACGUAUAAUAUUCACCAACACACCAUCAUGGAUGUCAUUAGAAUGGGCGCAUCACUACAUGAAGUUAUCAAUAGCCUCUUACGGCUGGUUAUUUGUCUUGUACCAGAAUGCGUGUACAGGUUGCUGCAAAUUGAUCCGUCACAUGAGCUGCUGUAGUUGCUUAAGAAGACACCAGCCGAUUGUUCUCGACGACAAUUGCUGCCUCUGUAGUCUCGCUGGCGUUAAAUAUCUUUCGCAAUUGUCCCAAGACGACAUUCUGUUCGCAUCUUUUCGCAACCACUUGUGCGAAAUUCCAUUCUGCGUGGUUGCUGAUCACAAAACCGCAAGCGUCGUGAUAGUAAUCAGAGGUUCAUUGUCAUUGAGGGAUCUUAUUACUGACAUUGCCGCUGCCUCGGAUUCUUUCGAGCCCGAGGGUUUGCCUCCCGGUAGCAUGGCUCACCGUGGAAUGAUUAUAGGCGCGAAAGUUCUUCUGAAGCAACUGGACCAGUAUAAGAUACUCGAGAAAGCAUUUGCGACAUACCCCAAUUACGGAUUGACUGUAACAGGUCACAGUCUCGGUGCUGGCCUUGCUGUUCUUCUGGCGUUACUUAUACGGCCACGUUAUCCCCAUUUAAAAGUUUACGCUUUUGCAACUCCAGCUGGUUUGCUCUCAAGAGAAGCUGCUCGAGUUACUGAAGAUUUUGUGCUGACUGUCGGACUGGGUGAUGAUCUGGUGAUGCGGCUGAGUGUCGACAGUAUGGAAAACUUUCGAACCUCUUUACUGAUAACUUUGCAAGCUUGCAAGUUACCCAAAUAUCGAGUUGUGCUAAAUGGCUUUGGAUACGCAUUAUUCGGAGUUCCAGAUCGAGAUUUACAUAGUACGUGGAGGAACGCUAAUACAAUAAAUUCAAUACCUGGACAGUUACCAUUGCUUGCCGGUGAAACUUCUAGUUUACGUCAAUCGGUAAUAUGUUUAUGAUGAUAAGUA